CAACACACAACAUUUUCCUUUUUGUGAUGUCGAUGAAGUGAACGUUAUAAGUUUUACUAUUUCAUUUUAGUUUUUGAAGUUGGUUGGUUGUUCAUUUUAAUAACAUUUAUUAUAAAUUAAAACUUCAUAGUUGGUAUUCAAGCAAUAUUAAAAAUGUAUAAAUUUGGUGUUAUCCCUUUACUUUUUCUGCUAACGGUAUUUCAAAAUGCCUUGGCACUGAGAGAAGGCGAAUGCGAAGUUUGUAUUAAAACUGUAGAUAAAUUUGCAGCCACAUUGACAGACAAUGUUAAAAACGACCCAAAACUCAUAGAGGCAGAGUUUAAAAAGUUCUGUAAAGGGUCAAAGAACAAGGAAAACAGAUUUUGUUAUUACCUGGGUGGCUUAGAGGAAUCUGCUACCGGCAUUCUUGGUGAACUUUCAAAGCCUCUUAGCUGGUCUAUGCCAAGCGACAAAAUUUGUGAAAAACUCAAGAAAAAAGAUGCUCAAAUCUGUGAUUUACGUUUCGAUAAACAGAUUGAUAUUAAGAAUGUAGAUUUAAAGAAAUUGAAGGUUAGAGAUUUAAAGAAGAUUCUUAAUGAUUGGGAUGAGACCUGUGACGGUUGUAUUGAAAAGACAGACUUCAUUAAGAGGAUAGAAGAACUGAAACCGAAAUAUAUGGGUAGAUCUGAGUUGUAAUAGUGAAAUAGUUUAUAAAGCAUAAUACCAGCAAGCAGCAACUUGUGAUACAUCAUCAUGACUCAUCAUCAAACUGCGAGUUGAUGUUGAGCGAACAUUAGAAGUGAUUUGAGUGUUUUAGUGAAUGUUGUAUGCAAGUGAAGUAAAUUAUUGUAAAAUAAGUAUUUAAUAAAUAUUUUUAUUGAUGAUUUGUUUAUAA